AUGGCCGUCGCGUCCGCGCGUGCAUGCACCUCGUCGACCGCUGACUACCCGUUGUUCGCGGAAGCGCUGCGCGCCUGGAGGAGCCGCGAAGGGGUUAACCAGCCCCCCGUGCAAGUUGAAGUGACGCUGAGCCCCGCGACUGCACGCGCGGUGCCUUGUGAACCAACCCUUAAAGUUGAAGCGACUGUGGAGUCCACUUUUGAGUCGCCGUCGGAGUCGACUUACCAGGCGAUUCCUGAGGAGAUUUCCGAGUUGACUCCCCCGGCGAUUUCUGAGGCGACUUGUGAAUCGACUCACGAGCAGUUCCAGCUGCAAGUGACGCUGAGCUCCGCGCCUGCUACAGUGGAGGUGGAAGAUUCGCGGAGUGACUGCGAGCAAACGAGCAGUGGCAGCGACUACAGCAAGGAGACGAUUUCUGUCAGCAGCAGCAACGACGCGAGUUGUGACACGCACGUGGAGAUAUACGGCAGCACAGGAGCGCGUGUGAAGGUGGGUGGUGUGGAGGAGGAGGCAUGGAAUGCACGUGGUGGUGCUCUAGCCCACCAGAAGCCUACAGCAAGCAGCAUGAGGCAGCAGCAGGAGAUAAAGCACGCUCUGAAGUGCAGUGGGAGGAGGAACGCUGGCAGCACCACCAAGGCAGCAACAAGACGUCCUUCGAGGCCUUGA